CCUCAGGAUCCGCGUCGGUGCUCGGCUGGCCGUGCCUGCCGCCCUCUUCCGCUGCCGCGUUGGCGCCGCAGGGGCCCGGGGGGGUCCGGGGCCACCAUGACCAACGUUUACUCCCUGGACGGGCUCCUGGUGUUCGGGCUGCUACUGGUUUGCACUUGUGCGUACCUGCGGAAGGUGCCCCGACUGCGCACCUGGCUCCUGUCUGAGCGCAGGGGGGUCUGGGGAGUCUGCCACAAGGCUGCUGUGAUUGGGACACGCCUGCACGUGGCUGUAUCUGUGUCCUGUCUUCUCAUGGCCUUCUACGUUCUCGUGGGAAAGUGACCACAUGGGGACCUGGGACUGACUAGAGAUCCUGUGACCGAUUCCAAAGACCCCAGUAUGGAUGAGAGACCUCAGCACUGACCCCAGGGUCCCAGUACCAACCAGAGACCCUUUUUCUGACCGUGGAGACCCUGGUACUGACCCUGAACCACCCCUGAUCCUGCCCCUGGCAGCAACCUGGAUCCCGCGUGUGGCAACCCAUGGACCAUCAUGGUCCACCAACGGCAGCUGUGGGGGCAACAGGGCACCUUUUGACUAUUGGAAAAGGAUUUCCCGUGAAUUCUGUAGAGAAGUGGGUGAAGGGACCCCCAAGACUGGGGAACCCAGCUCUGCCCUGUGAGCCCCUUCUCUUGAUGCCGAGCAGGGUCCUGGUGGGACCACGGCAGGCUGUGGGGACCAGGCAAAGCCCCGCUCAUACAUGGGAUCUUCCUAUGCCCCUGUAGCGUGGGGAGUCCUCUGGGGGGUCUCAUUCUGCAGUGGGGGGUUGGUGCCCCCCCCCCGGGUUGUAAAUAUUGGACCACCACAUGCAAAUAAAGUGGAGGUUCCUCUGUGGCAGUGCUGGUCUGGGGGUCCUG